AGGGAGAGUUGUUUUGUUUUUGAAUUUUGUUGUGAUAUUUUUUAAAAAAAUUAAUAGAACCCCGUCGAGAACCAAGCUCUGAAUUUUAUUAAUAAUGAAUAAAAGUGAUUUAGUGAACUUGUUGGAGGGGUUGUUAGUGCCGGACUUGUUAGAACUAAAUUCAGCCACCUUUGUCAAAACCAUCGAAUCUAAAUGCCAAGAAGUUUACGAUAAAAUCGACACUUUUGAAAACAUAAACGCUCAUCUACAAGCCACCACAAAAUACUACUUUUCCGACCCGGAAACUUCAGAAUGGAGAUAUUUGAUCUGCAACAUAUAUAUUCUACAAAAAAUUGGUGAAAUUGUUGAAGAUCCAAACAAAGAUGAGUUGAUAAGCAUUAAAGAAAUUAAACAAAUUAAAAUGACAAUAGUAUUGCUGGUUAAAUUGGGAAUUUACUCGAAACUACAGCCAAAAUUACCAUUUAAAAUUGCUAAAACCUUCACAGAAACGAAUGAUAUUUUUUAUGAAUACAACAUAUUAAAAUGCACUUGCCUAGCUUUCAGUAAUUUUCUAAAAAACCAAACUCUGAGGGUAAUAAUACUUUCAGAGAGUUUAGCAGCUAUUUUAGCAGGACUUUAUCAAAUAGCCCAUUGUCCUUUGAGCAAAAACCAUAAUUUCACACCAGAUAUAUAUGAAAAACUUUUACAAGAAAAAGAAAAAGCUCGAUCAUUAAUACAAAAGUUGAGAAAAGGCAUAUAUCCAGCAAUUUACAUCAAAGAAACUAUGAAAUUGAACCAAAAAAACACUCCGGUUUGGUUCCAAAAGGCUGUGUCUCAAAUGCUUACCAGCAUAAUGCUUUCUGAGGACGGCGUUGAAAAUAUUGCAGUUGCUAUUUUGGAUGGAACAAAUAAUGAUAAAGCACAAACUUGGAUAGCUUUGGAUGUAAUUUAUCGAAUAAUUUCGAGUUGUAAAAAUCAAUUAGAUUUUAGGGAAAAUAUUUGCCAGCAAGUGGUCAACCUAAUAAAUAAAACUAGUGAAGAAAGUUUGAUUUUUGAGAGGUUGUUUAUUACUUGUGCAAAGAAUUUUUACGUAGAUAACCAGGAAAUAAGUAAAGAUAUGUUUAUAAGAAGUGUUAUGAUAAAUUUAUUGAGAUUCACAAUUAAAGAUUAUAAUUUUGAAACGGAAGACUAUACAAAUACAAUCAAAAAAUCCAUAAGGAUAUUACAUGGAAUUUUUGUUGAAAAAACUGCAGAAAGUCCUAGUUUACCAAUAGAAAUCCUAAAACCUGUAUUAGAAGUUAUUUUCAGAAUUUAUUCUGUAACUUUAAAUAGUGUUUUUAAGUCGACACACAACGAGGCUAAAGAAAUAUUAAUCAAAUAUAUCACAGAAAAUGGUGAAGAAGAUAAUGUAAUUUUUGAUAGUUUUUUGUUUGGGAUUUGUCAUAAGCAGCAAAUACUUCCAUUUAGAAAAGAUUUAGUUUUGGAAAUUGGGAGACAAGAUAUUGAAAUUAAAACAUCCAAACAUGCAGUUUUAAUUUCUGCUACAGUAAAUUCAGAAAUUUUAUUCAAGUUAUUGGAGAACGAUACAAAACUUUUAGUAAGAUUUUUCAGGUAUUUACUAAAAGUCUUAGUUAACAGAGAAAAAUAUUUUAAAAAAUCAAGUGAUGCACUUUUAAAUCUAGAAUCUGAAAUAAUGAAUGAAUAUUUUGAAAGAAGCUUGGCAGUUUUUAAUAAUCUAUCAAUUUUGGCUGAAGAUACCAAAAUUCAAAAAGAAAUCAUCAAAUCUCCAAGUGAAAUUAUAGAUUUCAUCAAAAAUGUUUUUGAUAGAACUAUCGAAACUAAUAUGCAUAAAACUACAGUAUUCGAAAGUGACGGGUUUCAAGCAAUGUUUACUGUAACAAUGAUUUUGAAUGCUUUGAUUGCAAAUUAUUCGAAAAUAAGCCUGCAAAUGUUCAAGGUACUUAUUGUACCUUUAGAAACAAUUAAAAUGUAUACUAAACAUGACGAGCUCAAGGAUUUAAUUGAGAAAAUUUUGUUUAAAAUUGAAAAAAACCAUAAAGCAAGUACUAAAAUUAACAUUGAAGAAACAAAGUCUGAACUUGAUGUUAUUUUGGAAGAUAUUUGCGAUCCUUUGCUUCCAGUAAGAGGACACGGACUUAUGGCACUGAAAAAAUUAGUGGAGAGAAGAGAUGUUUCUAUUAUGGAGAAAAAGCAGUAUAUUUUGACUAUUUUCCAGCAAAACUUAAAAAAUGAGGAUUCCUUUAUUUAUCUCAAUGCUGUUGACGGUUUAGCUGCUAUGGCCAAUAUAUUUUCUGAUACUGUGAUAAAUAAUCUUUGUGAAGAAUUUUUGGAUUUUACUAGAACAGGAGAUGAUGGGCACGAAGUUAGGAUUAAGAUUGGAGAAGUUUUGGUUAGAAUUACGAAAUGUUUGGGUGAUAUGGCACCAAAGUACAAAGCUGUGUUGCUCAAUGCGUUCUUGGCUGGUACCAAAGAUGAGGACCAUCUAGUGAGAGCAUCCAGCUUAUCUAAUUUGGGCGAAAUUUGCCGAGUACUCGGAUUCAAAUUGGGAAGUGUAGUUACAGAGGUAAGCGAUUUCUUGUUUCAGAACUUCGCAUAUAUGAUUGACAAGAUAAGUCAUCACUUAUAAGCACUAAUAAACAACACUUUUAAUAUGUGAUACUUCAAAGAUGGUAAUAAAAGAUUUUACUGAUCAACAGCUGCAGGCUUUGGCCAUGUAAUAAUUUACGAUCCAUAAAUUAAUGCAAUUACAUUUAAAAUGUUAGCCUUCUAAAGUGGGCCGGGUCAUCUCUAUAAAUUCAUGUAACAUCUCGCACUCUUUAAUAUGUUUUAAGUUCUAGGCUAGCAGUGGCGCUAUCGAAUGUUGAAAAGAUAAGAGAAUUGUUGGCAAUAAUAUUACAAAUAAAGCAGAACUUGGGGCUUUGUAUAUUGAUCCUAGUUUUUGAUGAAAAAAAAAUAUCUUGGGAGUGGAAGUUUUAAUUCAACUAAGG